GAAAAGUCAAUCCGCUGGUUAGAGUCCUUCAACCACUACAGUAUUUUUUAGACGUUUCGUGAGUGCGGCCAUCAAAAUGGCUAAGGGCAAAGGGAAAAAGGGAGGAGGUAAGAAGAAAAAAGUGGAAGUUAAUCCUGAUGCAUUGACUGAGGUGGAUAAGACUUUUUACGAAUUGACUAUCACCGACUUGAACAGGAAAUUGGCCAGAUUGAGGUCACUGACACAGGAACUUGAACAGAAAAAUGAAGAACUGAAAACCGAAAACUCAAAAAUGGACGAAGACAGGAACGACAUCAUAAUUUAUCUCAAAAGAGUGCUGCAGGAAAAAACAGAUGAAAUCGCAGAGCUAGAGGAAAGGAUUGUGGCUCUACAGGAAACUAGACAAGCAGAAAUAGCAAAAUAUGAAGAAAAAAUUGAAGAAAUGGGAGCUGAAUAUAAAACUAUGCACGAGCAGUUGACUUCUGAAAACAAGUUGCUUGAGGGAAAACUGAACUCACUGGAGGAGUUUCGCCAACAACGCGACGAACUAAUGAAAAAGUUCGAAAACCAAGAAGAAGAAAUGGAGAAGCAAGAAAAACGCCAUAAACGCGAGCUUUACGAGAUUGAGCGCAAAUUCAUCCUGAGCAAAGACCAGUUGAAAAGGGACAUGGAGAAUAAGCUGAUGCAACUUUCCACGGAGUUUCACGAUGCUACUGAACUUCGCAUCGCCGCGACCACGCACAGGGUCAUAAGGGAGAAUAUAGCUGUAAAUAAUGAACUAGAUUUGCUAUUGCUGAACCAACAAAGAUUGUUCAAUGAGAAUGUUACCAUUAAGAAAAGGGACGCUACUUUGAGACAGGAAGCUGAGCUGCAUGAAAGUGAGAAGAAGAAAGCAUUGGGCAAGGUAAAAGUUCAACUUAGGCUGAUAAACAAGCUGAUAGAGGACCAGUCUUUCUUGAAAAAUCAGAUACAACAACUGAAACGGUAUGAGGCGGAGGUUCGAGAAGUCCAUAGUGAUAAGAAGAAACUAGACCUAAUAAUCCAGAACCUCCGACAUAAUAAAAGAAUCCUGGAGCAGAAUUUACAUAACGUGAGGUGUAACAGGACCUCGAUCGAAACGGACUACCUGUACUGUAAGGAGGAGAAUGACAGGUUGAAUGGUAUACUUCAAGAAGCUGUUAGUGCCAUCAAAAAUGCAUUGGCAAUCAGUUCAGAGGGCGACGAAUCACUGGUGGCUUACCAUCGCGAAAACUUUCUCAAUUCACUUUUCACCUUGCUAAGCAAGGCUAAGGAAGAAAAAAUCAGAAGACCAUCUAUGGAGACCGUGGACUCUAUUGAAGCAACGUAUGCACGUGGCGAUCUUGGAUUUGUACCUAAACCGGUAGAGUUGAGAACCUCUGUCAAGACGUACAGACAUAUGGAUGCACAAACUGGGGCUAGCUUCCAGGAAUAUCUCAAUACUGGCAAGGUGUCCACCUAUAAAGCCCAAUACAGCCUGUCAGACUCCGUAGAAGGCUCCAAAGAGUCAAUCCACAGUGACGAGUGCGUGGAAGAAGAACAGCGUUCAAGUUGCCUGUUUUUCGAUGAGACCGAAAUGGAGGAAACCGGAAGCAGCGAUGAAUUUGACAUUUUCGAUUAUGAUGAAGGGGAAGGAGCUGAGGGAGCAACUGAGGGAGCAGCAACAGAGGGAGAAGAAGGGGAAGGAAAGAAGAAGAAAAGGAGAAAGUCCAAGCCAUCGACGGCACCGACAGGUGAAGGUCAAGCUUCAGAGCGACCUUCAGAUGUAACUGUACCACCAGUGGCACUCACUCAAGCUGAAAAGCCGCAGGAGUGAGGUAGAUGAUGUUUUAGAUACCAACGCGCAAUUAGUAAAUACAUUUUUGCUUCUGUGUGUGCCUGAA